AUGCCUCCAAGACCCGCAAAUACGAUUGUAAAGAGUACUGAUAAACAGCCAGCUCUGUUCCCGUUCCAGGUUGCGUUGGCGGUGACUUUACUUCGCUCCAAACCCCCAGGCGUUCCCAUCAAAGAUUACAUACAAUCCCUAAAGGAAGGCCUCAUCGUCACUGGCCCUCUACCCGAGGAGAAAGAGCAACAACACCACCUCGAUGCCGCCAAUUUCUGGAAACGCAAAUAUGAGGCAGCCGAAGAGGAGUCGAUGAGGAAUAAAGCAGACCUCGUGAUUGCGAAACAAGAUUUGGAUAAUACGCGUCGCCGGCUGAAACAAUUGGCUUCUUCGUCCUCAGCUGGUGCUGGUGGUGAUGACGACUAUGAGUUCACCAACCCUUCGACAAAUCCCCUCCCUACCUCCAAGAAGCGAAAAACAAAGCCGGCUGCGACCACGGUCAACCUCCUCUCGCACUACACACCCCCAACUCUUCCUAGCACGCUCUUCCCUUCCGCUACAUCCUCGACGAGUACCCUCCUCACCUCUCUCCGAGUCCUACACACACCCGGAUUGCCGGUGGGGAUGUACGCCGAAUCCGUCUCACACGCCCUCAAAAUCAUAUCGACGUCUCUCAAAGCCCACGUCUCGUUUCCAAACAUCAACAAGCAGCCGCACCUCAUGUCUAAUUUAACCACAAUGGCUUGCGCAAUCGCCUCUAAGGCAUCCGCAGACUGCGCACUUGUCAUCGUCGAUCUCGUCAGUGUCUGCCUGGAUUUACUCUUUGUCAACGCCCGAAACAUCCUCAACGCACUUUACAAGUCCCCUACGAAGGAGACGCUCGGUGUAGACGACCUCCGUAUCGACCUCGCACGCCUCGCACUCACCCUCCUCCGCGCGUACAAACACAAACCCGGAACCCACGACGAGAUCUGCACCCACAUCCUCACCCUCUUCCCCACGCCUCGCACAGCCAGAGAAGAUAAGCGGACACGGAGAGAGGUGGAGUGGUAUUUGGUUUGGGUUAUGAAGGGGUUGACUGUGAGGGAGGAUACGAGGAGGAGGAUUGAGGAGGUUGUGGUGUGGAGGGAUGGCUAUGGGGGGAGGGGGAGGAGGGGGGGGUGGGUUGGGGAGGGGGUGGUGUGGGGGGUCGGGGUUGGGAUUUAG